CAGAUCACUCGUUUCGUCACUCGCAAAUGCCCAACUUCAGACGCGUGCGUGUUCUAAUCGAUAUAAUGGACAGUGGCUAUGUCUACUAAGGUUUCGUUUGUGCGAUACAUAAACAAAUCGAGCGAAUGUUCUGUGAGUCAGCGUGCGCAUGAAAAGAAUCACCAUUGUAGGUUUUUGCUUUCGACGACAAGAGAGUUGGUCGUUUUCGCGUGAUCGGCCCGACACCGGAUGUGUCGUCAUGCCGUGUUGGCCAAGUUGGGAUAUCAUGACAUAUUUUAUAUGUUAAUAUUCUAAUCGCGAAAAAUAUAUUUAUUUUGAAGAGAGAGACGCGAACGCGGAAACGUCUCCAAGAUGGUUUUGGCGGACCUCGGACGUAAAAUUACGUCGGCCCUGCGGUCGCUCAGUAAUGCGACUGUCAUCAAUGAGGAGGUUUUGAAUUCUAUGCUAAAGGAGAUAUGUGCAGCAUUACUUGAAGCCGAUGUAAAUAUUAGAUUAGUGAAAAAAUUACGAGAAAAUGUGCGCCAGGUUAUCGAUUUUGAAGACAUGGCUGGUGGUCUUAAUAAAAGGAGGAUGAUACAGAGCGCCGUCUUCAAAGAACUUGUAAAGUUGAUUGAUCCUGGUGUAAAAGCGUAUCAACCAGUAAAAGGCCGUCCUAACGUGAUUAUGUUUGUCGGUUUGCAAGGUUCUGGUAAAACAACCACUUGUACCAAACUCGCGUAUCAUUAUCUUAAGAAAAAUUGGAAGGCAUGUUUAGUAUGUGCUGAUACCUUUCGUGCUGGUGCAUAUGAUCAGAUAAAACAGAAUGCUACAAAAGCUAGAAUACCAUUCUAUGGAAGUUAUACAGAGGUAGAUCCUGUGGCAAUUGCUCAGGAUGGUGUUGAUAUGUUUAAGAAAGAAGGAUAUGAGAUAAUCAUUGUAGAUACAAGUGGAAGACAUAAACAGGAAGAAUCAUUAUUUGAGGAAAUGUUGCAAGUCGCCAAUGCUGUGCAACCAGACAAUAUAAUCUUUGUAAUGGAUGCAACGAUAGGUCAAGCUUGCGAAGCACAGGCAAAAGCUUUUAAGGAACGUGUUAAUGUUGGUUCUAUUAUAAUUACAAAACUGGAUGGCCAUGCCAAAGGUGGUGGAGCACUUUCUGCUGUUGCAGCGACACAAAGUCCUGUAAUAUUUGUUGGUACAGGAGAACAUAUAGAUGAUUUAGAACCAUUUAAAACAAAACCAUUUAUUAGUAAAUUGCUGGGUAUGGGAGACAUUGAAGGUCUUAUUGACAAAGUAAAUGAACUCAAUCUAGAUGAUAAUGAGGAAUUACUUGAGAAAAUCAAACAUGGUCAAUUUACUUUACGAGAUAUGUAUGAACAAUUUCAAAAUAUUAUGAAGAUGGGACCAUUUUCACAAUUAAUGGGUAUGAUUCCUGGAUUUAGUCAAGACUUUAUGUCAAAAGGCACAGAGCAGGAAUCAAUGGCAAGAUUAAAGCGGUUGAUGACUAUUAUGGACAGUAUGAAUGAUUCAGAAUUGGACAGUAGAGACGGAGCUAAGUUAUUUAGCAAACAACCUGGAAGAAUAAUAAGAGUAGCAAGGGGUUCUGGUGUAACAGAAAAAGAGGUUAAAGAUCUAAUUACACAGUAUACAAAAUUCGCAGCUGUUGUUAAGAAAAUGGGAGGCAUAAAGGGUUUAUUUAAAGCGGGAGAUAUGGCGAAAAAUGUUAAUCCAACACAAAUGGCAAAACUGAAUCAUCAAAUGGCUAAAAUGAUGGAUCCACGUGUACUACAUCAAAUGGGUGGGAUGCCAGGAUUGCAAAAUAUAAUGAAACAGUUACAACAAGGCGCUGCAGGUGGAUUGGGAAAUUUAAUGGGAGGUUUUGGUGGCAAAUCCUGAGAAGAGGUUCCAGGCAGUGCAAUUACUGCCAUUAAGAACGUUACAUACCGUUAUAUACAACUUGCGAGAAAAUUACGUCGUAUUUGAAAUACGAUAUUGAAGGAAUUGUGUUUAAAGCCUUUUUCUUUUUAAUCGUUGAAUGUGUUUUAUAUAAUGGCAUCACGAAAAUCAUAUGUAACGGCAGUGACAUUAAUAGCCGAUUCUUCAACAUACUUUAUCAUUUUUUCAAUUGCUCAUCGAAUCGUAAAAAAAAAAAAAAUACUUUUGAUGUAAAUGCAAUAAAUUAUCAAAAUAUGCUACAAAGUUCA